UAGAAACGUCCCCAGUGGCUCAGUUUGCGCGAAUCAUUCAACCGUUAUGGUCGUACCUUCGUCUCCCAAGAAUCUCUCUUUAGAUAGUUUAGGUAGUGAAAGCUUUAAGUUUUUCAAUCAUAAUGGCACCUCCCUGUUCGGUCAGUAUGGUGUUCUCAGUGGAACCGUUCAAACCCGUCCAGAAACGAUCGCACACCUACGAUGAAGCGCUGGAAUUAAUUGGAUUCGGUCGAGCACAGUUCUACCUAAUUCUGCUGUCCGGAUUCUCAAUCAUGGCUUCGAUCAACGAAGCCAUGGGGAUGAGCAUCAUUUUGCCGGCGAGUCACUGUGAUCUGGGGCUGGAUCCCGGUGAGAAAGGAAUGAUUGGAGGAGCCAUCUUUCUAGGAAUUAUGACGUCGUCGUAUUUCUGGGGCUACCAGGCGGAUACGCGCGGUCGCCAGGUUGUGCUGAAGUAUUCGUUGAUUGCUGCCUCGAUAUGUUCGGUAGCGUCGAGCUUUGCGAAUGACUUCGCUUCGCUGAUGGUUUUGCGAUUCAUAACGGGUUUGUGCAUCGCAGCGCCGUCUGCUACCGUCUACGCGUAUCUUGGAGAGUUGUGCACGCCUCAGAAACGGGUUCAACUAAUAUCCUACGCUUCGGUGAUGCCUUCGCUGGGAAUUAUCUACGUCGCUUUAAUCGGUUGGUUAGCGUUGUCGUACGACUGGAGCUUCCCCAUCACGGAUACGAUCACCUACAAACCUUGGCGACUGUUGUUCAUUCUGUACACCAUUCCUGGACUGUUGUCGGGAAUUACGUUCUUCUUUUUUCCGGAAAGUCCCAAGUUCCUACUGUCCCAAGGCCGCGAUGAUGAAGCCCUAGAAGUGUUGAAGCGAUUUCACCGAAUUAACCAUGGAGCUGGCAGCGAGGGAAGCUACAAGGUGACUACAUUGAGAUCCGAAAUCGAUGAAGUCAAGCGUGAAUCUCAAACUGGGCUAAUGGGUGUUCUGAAAUCGAUGAAGGAUCAAACAGUUCCACUGCUGACGUUUCCACACCUGAAGUACUUCUUCGUUUGCUGCAUCCACAGUGUCAGUGCCUUCACCAUCUACGGUGGUCUAGGUCUCUGGUUUCCACAAAUCAUGAAUCAAAUCUCCUCGAACGAUUCAGCGGAUGGUACCGAAAUUUGCUCAGUCCUUCAACAAUCGUCAUCGGAAGAUCCGUCACUGUCACUUUCAACGGUCUGCGUAGAUCAAGUUCAACAGGAGACAUUCAUCUAUACGGCAAUGCUCGGAGCCUUCGGAGCCGUCUACUGCUUGACGCUUUCGUGCAUCUUGGGUCGAUUCCGAGGGUCGACAGUGCUGGUAUGCAACAUGACCAUAGCUGGCGUUGCCGGAAUACUGUUGCAGUUCUUCAACAACAGCUACCUCGUGGCAUUACUGUUCUGCGUGGAGAUUAUGUUUGCCGGAAUUUGUGUCAUGCUGGUGAACGCCCGGGCCGUGUCCCUAUUCCCAACUCACGUCCGAGGAAUGGCCGUUUCGUUGGUCAAUAUGGUCGGUCGGUUGAGCUGUUUCGUGGCCAGUGUGGUCAUCGGACUGCUGAUGACUCAAAACUGCCCCCUAACAUUCUAUUUCCUGUCCGGAAUGUUGUUUAUCAGUGCUGCAGUGACGUUCCUGCUGCCGAAAGAGGAAUGACAGCUUGUGCUGCCAUCGAAAUACGUACAAACCAACUGUGAUGUAACUAGAAAAGUUCGAUUAGGAGUAAGGAUAAUAAAAAUGUUUCGGAAUUUCCGCGA